CUUCCGCCCUGCUCCACCAGUAGCGGAGACGAUGUACGUGAGUGAUGUAAUGUCGCCUGCCCGCUGACCACACAGAUGGCUGUCUGUGCCAGGCUGUGCGGUGUGGGUCAGUCGCGGAGGUGCCGGAGGCGACCGCGACAGAACAAGCAAGACCAAAGCAGCGAUUCGGACAUGGACGAGGAGGAAGAAGAGCGGAUUGUGGGUCAGCGGCGAGGCGACGCCGGCGCAGAGGCCCCAGACAGCGGCGUCAACACCGCGGGGCCGAGUCGGGUGCACUGCAGCGGGGCUGGCGGCAGACGACACGGCGUGGGACUGCCGCACCCGCAGGUUUUGUCGGAAUUACCGCCGGAGCUUUUAGUGGAGAUAUUCUCCCUGCUUCCCGGAAUUGCACUACCGAAUGUCGCCCUCGUCUGCAAGACGUUUAGACAGAUUCUCAACACUGAAACCAUCUGGAGAAGACGCUGCGUGGAAGAAUUCCACAUGAAGGAAGAUUUGAGGAAGAUGGAAUCGGGAGGAGUUUCUAGCCGUGACCUCUAUGUGAAACGUGUUAACCCACGAGUGAAGUCAGGGCGCUUUAUGAAGCUCCUACCGGACUACGAGCAUAUGGACUAUAAAGACGUGUACAUGCACUUGCUUCAUCCAUACAGACAUAUAUUGGGCCUAUGGCAGCCUGACAUUGGCCCUUAUGGAGGAUUACUCAAUGUUGUGGUGGAUGGGCUGUUCAUCAUCGGCUGGAUGUAUUUGCCACCGCAUGACCCCCGUGUGGAAGAUCCCAUGAGAAGACGACCGCUUUUCCGUAUCCACAUGUGGGACAACAAAAAGGCCACUGUGGAGUGCAUGUAUGGACACAAGGGCCCCCACAAAGGAGACAUCCAGACCGUUAAAAAGGAUGAAUUCUCAACGAAAUGUAAUCAGACAGAUCAUCACCGCAUGCCAGGAGGCAGACAAGAGGAGUUCAGGACAUGGUUGGAGGAAGAAUGGGGCCGGACGCUAGAAGAAAUCUUCCACGAGCACAUGCAGGAGCUCAUCCUGAUGAAGUUCAUUUACACCAGCCAAUAUGACAACUGCCUGACGUACCGGCGCAUCUACUUGCCACCUGCAAUGCCGACUGACUUGACUCAGCCUGGCCUCUUCAAAGGCACCUAUGGCAGUCACGGCUUGGAGAUCGUCAUGCUCAGCUUCCACAGGAACUCUGCACGAGCCACCAAACUCACUGGAGACCCCAACGUCCCUGCUGGGCAACUGACUUUGGAUGUUGAUUUGAGCCAGCCUCUAGUCCUCCCGGACUUGGAACAUCAGCGCAAUGUAGAGGAGUUGUCACGACUCGUACUUGGGGUACACCAACAAGUCCGGAGCGAGGCGAGAGAAGACACUCCCGCCCUGGUGACGGUACCAGCAGAGGGAGCAUGUGGCGGUGUUAGCUCAGCAGAGGCGCUUGAGGUCAAUCAUGGCGUUGGUUCAGACGGUUGCCAGGCGGGUCCAAGCGAAGACAUUGGUCCUCCUGAGACGCAGCCCUUCAUUCUGCCUCUAGGAGUCAUGGCUCGAAAUGAGGUGUAUCCUCGCACCUGCAGAAAAUGCUUCUACGGGACAGGCCUGAUUGCAGGACAUGGCUUUACAAGUCCCGAGCGCACCCCUGGCCUCUUCGUGCUGUUUGACGAGGACCGUUUCGGAUUCAUCUGGCUGGAGUUGAAGUCCUUCAGUCUCUACAGCCGCCUGACGGACGGCCUCGCCCACGCACACGCCCAAAACAUGGAGCAAUUCGAGGCCAUGCUCCGCAACAUGCAGUCUUGGACAUCCUGAUGAUCCCAGCUUUAGGUCCCUUCCGGCAGUGCAAUGCAUAAUGAUAAUAAUAAUAUACAGUACAUUAUACCCAAAUAACCUCUGUAUCCCCCUCCUCUUGCCGCGUUACAAUAUAUAUUAGCUCAUGACACGUUUUCCAGCUUUUAUCUAUACAUGUUUGUCAAACAUUUAAUUUACCUGUCCAAUCAAGGCAGUUUUAUCUCGCAGACCCAAGCACUCCCUUUGGAAGGCCAGUGCAGCAUGACAACGGGUCACAAUAUUUAUUUAUUUAUUCCCUCCAGGAAAAACAGGAGCGAUAUUUCAUGCCACUUUUUAAGGAGCAAACUGUAUGUGCCUCUGAUUUUAGAACCGCGUGUGUGAAGCUAAUGCAUUUCAAUUCAGUGGCCGGUAUGCUCCACUAUACACACAUGCUGCUCUUGGUUUGUCACUUUAGUUUGCUACAGUAGAUAAUCCCUGCGGAAAAAAAAAAAGACAGCUUCUCAGGUACAGUUUUCUUUGGCCCACAAAAUUGUUUUAAUCCUGAAUAAUUUCAUUAUUAAAGCAAGAUGUGUAACAGGGCUAUGUUUUAACUCUUGUCAAACGCUGACAUUCAGAUUUCGUGCUCAUUGAGAGUUAGUGUUAACAUUUUCAUUUUGGAAUAAUCCGAAGCAUGAUCUCACCACACCUUACUUGAUAAUGUCAACUGGAAAGAUGUGUUAGAAAAGUAGAACAUAAGCUAUACAACUUGCACUGGAUUUUGUGAAAUUGCAGCAUAUUGUUUGAAAUGUAUUACUUGUUCUGUUUAUUGAAAUGUAUACCUUGCCUUUCACCAGAAACCUUCCUCUAUUUUUCCCAUACAUGACUAUCUAACUAUAUAUUUGAAAAACCCCUUCAAUCAAAAUUCAUAUGGAAGUAUACCAAGUACUGUAUGAGUGUAUGUUUGUGUAUCAUGUUAUGACUUGUUGCCCAGUAGCUUUCCUACAACAAGUGCACUUUUUCCAGGCAGUAUAGUAAAUAAAUACACUGCGCAGACUGGGCAGCAUAUUUGUGGUAGACUGCAGCUAUAUUAACAUUUGCACACCAAAAAGUACUUGAGCAUCUUCAAAUUGUGUCCCAAUCAUCUGAACCAAAAUGUAGAAAUCUCCAAUUCAUCAUUACGUGACUAAUUUUAAUGAUUAACCUUAUUGUUGCUUUGUAUUCUGUACUACUAUAGGGCUCAUUUUAAAUAAGCAAACUAAUUAACUUUUCACAUCUGUUUUUUUCUCUUUGUAAUUGUGUUUUUUAUUGUAAUCGUACAUACAAUUCCUCCCCGACUGCUGUUUUAUAGAGGGCCAAAUGGGUAAAAAUCUGUAAAUAAUUACUUAUGUGUCAGUCAUUGAUUACUGAAACCAUUUUUUAAAUUAUUAUAUGUAAUCUUAAUACAAAUGUGUCAAUCUAUUAAAUUAUUAAACCAUGGAAUCAAAUUGAGGAAUAAUUAAAUCAAUAAAUGAUUAAAUGUAAUUUAAAUGUUUCAUUGGUAAACUUCAAUAAUCAUAAAUUUAAGAAUUUAAAUCAAAUGAUAAGAAAUCUUAUUGAAAAAAUGCAAUAUUUAAUCAAUUCUAGUAUUUAUGAUUAAAAUGAUUGAUUUGAUGAUUUAUAAAUGACACAUUUAAGUAAUUGUUUUAAGAUUUAUUUAAUUUUGUCCCAUUUGACCGUCCAUACUCUUUUACCUCAAGUGCCAUGGAGUAAAAAAAAAAAAAAAAACUGCAUCUGUAGCAUCCGUGAUAAGCAUCUUUGUUUCUAAAAAUCCAUUUUUGGUGCAAGCUACACUGCAAAAAGUGAAAUUCAAGCAAGAUUUAAUGCCCAAACUAAAAGAUACUUAUUUUGUACUCAAAUGAUAUUUUUUCUCGAUGGGCACUUUCUAUGUUAGACGACUUCUCUUCUUCAGAACGACACCAGUUGACUUGUCAAAAUAACAAAUGUUACGUAUUCUGUCAACUCAAAUGGAUUUGCUUGUUCUGUUGCCAUGUUAUUGUAUUUUUAUAUUAAUAUUUCUAGAUUUCCUAUUUUGCAGUAUAGCUUUUCUCCUGUCGCCGCUUGAGACAUUCACUUUUUUUUCCCCUUUUACAUUAUUUAAUGAUAUAAAUGAAACAUUUCAUUAAAGUUUACCCGUUCAAUUCUUAAUUUUUUUGGGGAUAGCAUUUUUGAAACUGUAAAAAGUGCACGUCUCUUAUAGUCAAUGAAAAUAUCUUGUUUCAAACUUUCAUACAAUUGCAUUGAUUUUUGAGUAUUUCCUGCUGGAUCAAUAAAGUAUCUACCUAACUAUUGUUAA